GUUGUCAAAUAAGAAGAAGCCUAGUUUUAUUUUCUUUCUGUAUUUGAGGAUAUAAAUAAACUUGGAGGAUUCAACUUGCGUUUCUGGAUAUUGUUUUCAUAAAGUGGAAACCUUUAACCUUCGAUUUCGUUCGAGCAGCUCAAAGUUUCCAACUUUUUUUUCUUCCAUGUUUCUUGUUUCUUCGAGCUCUGUUGUUCUGUCUACGUCCAAGCAACUUCCCUAGCAGUUCCUUUUGAGUUUCUUCUAAUUCUCGAUGACUGAGCUUAGCUCAUUGACUAUUGACUCCGCCACGCAAAAGCCAAGAAUCUCCACCGGAGGAAACCCACCUCCUCCUCCUCACAUAAGCAUAGGUGUCACCACCGCCAUUGAAGCUCCUCCGUCUACAGAGAGACCCAGACCCGUCAACAAGAUCAAGAAAAUAACGGUAUUGCCACUAGUUUUCCUAAUAUUCUACGAGGUCUCAGGUGGUCCGUUUGGGAUUGAAGACAGUGUUAACGCAGCAGGACCUUUGUUAGCUAUUGUUGGAUUUAUUGUGUUCCCUUUUAUAUGGAGUAUCCCUGAAGCACUCAUCACCGCUGAGAUGGGAACAAUGUUCCCUGAGAACGGUGGUUACGUUGUGUGGGUAUCUUCAGCAUUGGGACCUUACUGGGGGUUUCAACAAGGUUGGGUUAAAUGGCUAAGUGGCGUUAUAGACAACGCUCUGUAUCCCAUUCUCUUCCUUGAUUAUCUUAAAUCUGGAGUCCCGGUUCUUGGUAGUGGAAUCCCUCGAGUCGCUGCGAUUUUGGUGUUGACUGUAGCCUUGACUUACGUGAACUACAGGGGUUUAAGCAUUGUCGGUGUAGCAGCUGUUGGCCUCGGCGUUUCCUCGAUCCUUCCGUUUGUGGUCAUGUCUUUCAUGUCUCUUCCAAAGCUCAAACCUUCGAGAUGGCUUGUGGUUAGCAAGAAGAUGAAAGGUGUUAAAUGGAGUUUGUAUCUCAACACUCUCUUCUGGAACCUCAACUAUUGGGAUUCUAUUAGUACGCUUUCUGGAGAAGUUGAAAAUCCGAGUAAAACGUUACCGAGGGCUCUGUUUUAUGCUCUGCUUCUUGUGGUGCUCUCUUACAUCUUCCCGGUUUUGACCGGGACAGGAGCUAUACCUCUUGAUCAGAACCUGUGGACUGACGGGUAUUUCGCUGAUAUAGGUAAAGUUAUAGGAGGAGCUUGGUUGGGAUGGUGGAUUCAAGCUGCAGCUGCGACAUCAAACAUGGGAAUGUUUCUGGCUGAAAUGAGCAGUGAUUCUUUUCAGCUUCUUGGAAUGGCUGAGCGCGGGAUGCUUCCACAGGUCUUUGCCAAGAGAUCGAGCUACGGAACUCCAUGGGUCGGGAUACUGUUCUCAGCCUCUGGUGUGAUUCUCUUGUCAUGGUUAAGUUUUCAAGAGAUUGUGGCUGCAGAGAACUUGUUAUACUGUUUUGGAAUGAUUUUGGAAUUUAUUGCGUUUGUGAGGUUAAGGAUGAAAUAUCCGGCUGCAUCACGGCCUUUCAAGAUACCUGUAGGGGUGUUGGGAUCGAUCCUCAUGUGUAUUCCUCCAACAAUAUUGAUCGGUGUCAUCAUGGCGUUUACUAACCUGAAAGUUGUAGCCGUGAGCCUUGCGGCUAUUGUGAUUGGGCUUGUGUUACAACCUUGUCUUAAGCAAGUGGAGAAGAAGGGGUGGCUCAAGUUCUCAACCAGCUCUCACCUACCAAACCUGAUGGAGUAAGGACCAAGCUGAUGAUGCUAAUGUCUAUUUUCUUCAAUUCUUUUAUUUCUUCAAAAUAAUACUCCGUCUCUUUUUAAUUGUCAUUUUUAAAUAUUUUUUUGUGUUUUAUAUUAAGAUGCAAAUUUCUAGUUUUGUCAAAUGAAAUAGUAUAUUAAUAAAAAUGAGAAAAUUUAAUUA